AGAAGGCGUGGUAUAAAACUCUCGUAUUCGUGUUCUUCAGCUGCGUUAUGAGAGGCCCUGAAAUCCUCUCGGUGACGAAACAAGGACUCAUGUCAAUCUUAUAGCCUUCGAAACCCUAAAUCGGUACUCUUAGGGCAUUGUUUUCUUCAGAAACUCUUCUCAUUCGAAAGUCUGAUCGGUGUUUCUGUAUCAGUUUCCACAUUCCUCGCAUCAUCGAAUCGAGAUCUCUGUUCUUCCAACGUUUAUCUCAUCUUCCCCAAAAGUUUCUAUCUUUUUUUGUUUGGGAGAAAUCAAUACUAAUAUUCUUUGAGCUUUCUUGAAUUCAUUUGUCCCAAAAACUCUGUACCGGCCGCAGAAAUCUGAUUUCUUUGAGAAUUCAAAGAGCAGUGCCGAGAGAGAUUGGGAGUUUCUAUAAUCUGUGUCGUUUUUAUAUUGUCCUUUGUUUUACUCUCGAAACCCUAAUCUGUAGAAAACUCCUGGUUUUUGUAGAAACUAGAGACCCCAAACUUCUAGGCAAUCCUAAUCUGGCAAAGUAAUUGCUAUUUAUUUUGUCUUAAUAAAAAUUUACCCGGAAAUCUGCAGCAGCUUCUGGUAUAGGAGUGUUGAUCUCAAUUUGUUUUUUUUUUCUUGGUUUGAAACCCUAAUAUUCUCUGAGAAAUUUUAAUUACUUGACUGGCUGUUUGUCUUCUCCCCCAGUUUCGAGUAAUUAAUUUUCUGAGCCUGCAAUUCAAGUUGCCCUAGGCUACGAUCGAAACUGCGGCGCUUUGGACAGCUUAGUUUGCCGAUAUUUUUUUCACAGCUGUGGCUCAUCUGAGAUCUCUACAGAAAUGGUGGGAGGUGGAAGCAGAAGGGACGAUGGCCCCAUUGGGAUAAGUAGUACUAAUGUUUUUGCUGCUCUUGAAAGCCUACGCAAAAAGAAGAAAUCAGACAAGGAGCAUGGAUCCUCAAAGAGCAAGGGAUCUUCAAAAAGCCAAGCAAAGGAACAGGAGCAGCAGGUUUUCUGGCAACCCACGCCUCUUACAGUGAAAUCCUGGGCUGACGUUGAUGAUGAUGAUGACGACGAUUAUUACGCAACAACUGCUCCACCUCAAUCUGCCUGGGGCCCAUCGGAACCGCAGCAGAUUAAAGAGAGUUCUCCCCCCUUAGAGGAAAGUGAAAGUGAAGAAGAUGGUCUGGAUGAAGGAGAUGAUGAUGUUGAGGAAGAGCAUGAACAUGAAUCUGAGGUUCAGGUGCCACCAGAGCCAGUGGUGAAGAAGCCAACUCAGGCUUCUUUGCCACCAAAGGAUACAGAAAGGCAGCUGUCGAAGAAGGAACUCAAGAAAAAGGAGCUCGCAGAACUUGAAGCUGUUUUGGCCGAGCUUGGAAUGAGCAAUAAAGAGACCACUGGCGCAGAUGAAUCACAUGGUUCUGCACAAGAGAAGAAAAUUGAGGAACUCAAUGGAGACGUGGAGAAGAAGGAGAGUGCUCCUUCCGAGAGCAAGAAUGCGAAGAAGAAGAAAAAGAAAGAUAAGUCUUCCAAGGAGGUUAAAGAACAACAGGACCAGCCUAAUGGUUCAGAGGUCAACGAUGGAGUGGAUGAAACUGCUGGGACCGAAAAUGCAGAAGAGGAUGCAUCAGCCAUUGAUGUAAAAGAGCGUCUAAAGAAGAUGGCUUCUAUGAAGAAGAAAAAAUCAAAUAAAGAGAUGGAUGCUGCAGCCAAAGCUGCCGCUCUUGAGGCUUCUGCAAGGAGGGCAAAGCUUGCUGCAGCAAAGAAGAAAGAAAAGAAUCACUAUAACCAACAGCCAGUGCGGUAA